AUGGCCUCGCCUUCCAGCCGCGACGAAGGUGUCCAGAUCAACAGCUUCACGGCCGUGGCGAGUGAUCAGCAGACUUCAAGCUUCAAGACACGUUCGAAUGAGCCUGGCCGAAACAAGGGAAAAGGUCCAAUUACUCGAAACCGAGAGAAGUCGCUCGUCAGACUGUGCAGUAGUCGCGGCGCGAUGCCCACCAUCCCUGAGAUCCGCGUCAAGGGCCCCGAUUCCAGAGAUGUCCGGAUAGGUGCCGGCGGCAGCGUGUCGCCCUCCAGCCAUCCCCAGUCCACCGACCACCUCCAAGUGCCUAACAGCUCCAAACCUCGUGCCCAGCAAAAACAACAGACCGUUCAGGCCGGGGUCGGCCGCAAGAGGACGUUCCUGGGCUUCGUCGAUUGCGCCCUCGGUCUCCAACACGUUAGAACCUGUGGGGACCACGAGCCCCUCGUCGGCCGCAGAUACCGUGCCAAGCGCAACACCUUUCGAAUCAUAGCGCUCUUUGGUGUCCUCAUGAUGCUCAGCCUCGCCGCUUCAAUCACCCUGUUCGUCUACUUUGCCAGCACGGGCGGCGCGGGUCCCGAGUGGUUCGCCUGGAUCGCGAUCAGCGCGGCGGGUUGGAUCUGUUCCUUGCUGGCCUUUAUCAUGGCCAAGCAAUCCGAGAGGCGCGCACUGCAUGAUGUAGAGAUCGCCCGACAAAGUACUCGACUGUCUAGCCGAGUUCAAGACGGCACGGCGGCCCCGGUUGCAAUCGUUGGUGGUCCUGGUGCGAACAGGCAGCAUGUCAUGCCCGCCGGCUCUAGUGCUGCGACUGGUGCGCCUCCGGCGGUGUUCGGAAGGUACCGGGCACUCGAAUUCAUCCACGAGGAGGAUGAGGCGCUCGAUGCAGAGCAUCGUUUGGAUAUGCUGGUUGCCAAUCAGAGACCUCGAGGCGGAGGUGCAUAG